AUGGCGGAUAAAGAGAAAGAGGAGCUAAUGCAACUUUUCCUGAAUGGCAGCACAAAAAAUGAGUUUCAUUUAAAAACUUCUUUGCACUGCAAUACUGACAAUUAUGGUUUAAUUCUCCGAGUAAGUAUAUUGAAUAAAAUAUGCAAGGUUUUAAGUAUGCAGUUUUCCGUAUCUCAACCAUUUCGAGCAGAAAGUGAUUUUCAACCAGUGAGUCAUAAUGCAAGAAAACUUGCUCACCUUUAUAAAUCUCCAUUUGUAGCAUAUUCAAAGGCCAUUAAAAAGUUUAAUAAACAUGCUGAAAUUUCAUCAAUUCACCAAACUGCAACUCUAAAGGCAACUCAUUUUCGCCAAUGUAUGGAGCAAAAGAUAAAUUUUAUUGACUUAAAUCUCAACAAAGUAAUUGAUGUACAAAUCGAGAAAAAUAGAGAAAUAUUAAAACCAAUAGUUCUGGCAAUUGUUAUGUGUGGAAAACAAAACAUCCCUCUCCGAGUUCACAGAGUUGAUUCAUUUUACUAUGAGAAUGAAAAUAGUAACUCUGGCAAUCUUCAAUCAAUUUUGAAAUUAAUAUUUGAUUGUGCAGAGAACAGUUUGGUGAAUCGGCGAAUAGCUACUCCAAAAAAUGCUACAUAUCGUUCUAAAACUACUCAAAAUGAGUUAAUUAAUAUUUGUAAUGACAUUAUAGUUUCUAAACUGAAAUGUAGAGUUAAAAAAGCUAAAUUUUUUUCAAUAUUAGCAGAAGAAGCAUCUGAUGUUAGCAAUAUGGAACAAAUGCCACUUGUAUUACGCUUUGUAAAUGAUAAUUGUGGAAUUUGUGAACUAUUUUUUGGCUUUAUUCCUUGCAACUCAGGUUUGUCUGGAGAAGCUAUAGCCAGCCAAAUUUUGAAUAGUAUUAAAGAUUUGGGAUUAGAAAUGAAAUUUUGUGUUGGUCAAGGUUAUGACGGUGCUGGUAACAUGGCUGGGAUUUGUUCCGGUGCUGCAGUAAGAAAAAAACUAUUUAUCCAAAAGCAUUGUAUGUUCAUUGUGGAUCUCAUGUCCUCAAUUUUUGUGUUGCAAAUGCCGUAA